GCUGCGUGAAUCAACGUUUGAGCUUGGGGGUGUUAAAUUUGCUUCAGUAAAAUGUGACAGUGCAAAUAUGCCCGGAAAUAUUUGCUCAAACUGCAUCAUGUUCAAUUCGGAAUGCACACACGUCCUCGCGAACUCGAAGAAACGUGGAGCACCGAAACCACCGAUCCAAUCACAAAAUACAGUCGGAUAUCCUCAAGCUUCAGCGAGUCCCACCGAAACGACCUCAACCACUCGAAGUUUUGCAGACAGCAUACACAAAACGUCGUCCACUCGUCAAGAACUUACUGAUUCCGUUCUUUCCGCGUCCUACGUGUUUCCCCAUGACCUAGUUGAAGCUCAUUCCAAGAUAUUCGAACUCGCUUCCUACGCUCGCUAUUUAGAGCAACAACUCACCGCCGCACGCAGGUCACCCUCCCUUGCUGUUACAAACAGGUCGACACGAAGCCCGCCCACGCCACAUUUUUCUGGGCCCGGACUCACGUACUCAACGUCUCAGACUUCGGCAGAUGAGGACUCGGAGGAAGGAAUGAUCAAUAUUGCAGUAUCGGAUCCGAUGAAAAGGCUCGCCUUGCACCAAGAAGGCGACGCCUUUUACGGCAAGUCGAGUGACAUGGUGUUCAUCAAAUCAGCAAUAGACGCCAAAGCGGAAUACACUAGCUCGACUGGAGGCGAAGAGAGGGUUGAGAUCAAGGGUUUAAAGCGGCCAGAAUUUUGGAACACCUUUACGUUACAGUGGCAACGCGUACCUUGCCAAUUUGAACCUCCUCUCGAUUUCCCUUCCCCCGGAUUGAUGUCACUGCUGAUCCAGCAUUUCUUCGACGAUUACAAUGUCAUUUUCCCUCUUUUACAUCGGCCCACUUUUGAGAAGGACGUAACCGGUGGACGCCAUCUCUUUGAUGCACGCUUUGGCUUAAUGUUACUGUCGGUAUGCGCCAUCGGAUCGAGAUUUCUCGAUUUAAACGAUGAGAGGCUAUUAAAUGAAGGUGUCCUGGAUCUCAGCGAAGCAAAGACGUCGAGGAAACACAGCCUAGGAUGGAGAUGGUACAGACAGAUCGGUUACAGAGCCAUGAGCGUCGAUUUUUCCCCCUCCAGACCCGAUGUCUGUGAAGUGCAGUUGAUCUGCAAUUGUAUAAUGUUUCUGCAACCGACAUCCACGCCCGAUGUUUGUUGGCUACUUCUUGGACAUGGGGUACGGUAUGCGGUAGGCGCAGGCGUGCAUAGAAAGAGCUUCCGUGGUGGUGUUGGAACCUAUUCUACAGAGAAGGAGUUGUGGAAGAGGGCGUUUUGGUGCUUAGUAACUAUUGACACCCUCAUGAGUGCAUUUCUGGGACGCCCAAGGGCCACCAAUCCCGCGGACUACGAUCUCGAAUUUCCCGUAGAAUGCGAUGACGAGUAUUGGGAUCAACCAGACCCAGAACAAAACUUCAAACAACCCUCUGGAAAACCGUGUAUAGUGUCGGGCUACGUGCAGAUGUUGAAGUUGGUGGAUAUCUUCGGUUUUGCACAACGCACCAUCUAUUCGGUCAGAAAAUCCCAGCCACCUGAAGGCAUCACUUCCCUCGAACAAGACCAAGCGGCUAUCAAAGAGCUCGAUCAAGCCUUGAAUGAAUGGAUUGAUAACAUUCCCGAUUAUCUCCGUUGGAACCCGCACAUGUAUAGCGAGAACAAACUUUUCUUCAAUCAAUCCUCUACCUUACAUGCUCACUUUUAUUGGGUUCAAAUACAAAUUCACCGGCCAUUCCUUCGUGUCAAAGGAAAUCGCCACCGGGGAAUGGCGUUCUCGAGUUUGGCUGUCUGUGCGAACGCAGCACGUUCAUGCUCACAUGUCAUGGACGUACAAUGCAGAGAAGGAGAAUUGCCUAUACCCUUUCCGGGGACACAAAUGGUCCUCUUCAACUCAGCUGUUGUUUUACUCCUCAAUAUCUGGGGUGGGAAGAAGCUAGGUGUCACACCUGACCCUGUCAGGGAAAUGAACGACGUUUAUAAGUGCUUGAACGUCUUACGAAGCUAUGAAGAAAGGUGGCAAAUAGGUGGCCGUCUCAGCGAUAUCUUAACAGAACUCAUAUCCGUCAGCGAUCUCAAUAUCAUACCUACCCCGUCUACAUCACUCAAACGUCCACACCCUUCUGAUCAUGAUCAAACGACGUCCGAAACUGGUACUGAUCUCCAAAUAGCAUCUGCUGUCGUCUAUCCAGGGAUCGACUAUACUGCCGCAUCAUCCCAGUCCACUUCCAACGGGAACUUGUGGGAAGAGCCUACGUUCAGUGGACUGCCCUUAUAUACCAGAGAUCUGGGCCGAUUACCCCUGCACGGUUCAACCCACGAUUUAUUCGGCGGUGACCUUCAUUCUCUGCAAUCAUCAUCUCGGACGACUGUUCAGCAACAAAGUGCCGGGCAAGCUACUGACCAGAUUACACCGACCUGGCCACACCUUGGUCAUGAUGGUCCUUCAUUGUUAGACGGCUCUAACCCCGGUCAGAGUGUAUCUCUCAAUAGCGGAGCACUCGCGAUGUGGUCAGGUACACCAGGUGAAUACGGAUGGGAAGACUGGAGUUCCUAUGUUUCAAGCAUCGAUGACAUUUUACGAUCUUCACUGGAUAUUUCUAUCACAGGUUAA